AUGGACGUGGACCUGGACGUAGACGUGGACGUGGACGUGGACAUGGUCGUGGACGAUGACGUGGACAUGGUCGUGGACGUGGACGUGGACCUGGUCGUGGACGUUGACGUGAACGUGGACGUGGACGUGGACGUGGACGUGAACGUAGACAUGGACGUGGACGUGGACGUGGACGUGGACAUGGACGUGGACGUAGACGUGGACAUGGACGUGGACGUGGACAUGGUCGUGGACGUGGACGUGGAUGUGGACGUGGACUUGGACCUGGACGUGGAUGUGGACGUGGACGUGGACCUGGUCAUGGACGUGGACGUGGACGUGGACGUGGUUGUGGUCCUGGUCGUGGACGUCGACGUGGACGUGGACGUAGACGUGGUCGUGGACCUGGUCGUGGACGUGGACGUGGACGUGGACGUGGACAUGGACGUGGACGUGGUCGUGGACGUGGUCGUGGACGUGGUCGUGGUCGUGGACGUGGACGUGGACGUGGACGUGGACGUGGACAUGGACAUGGACGUGGACAUGGACGUGGACGUGGACGUGGACGUGGUCGUGGACGUGGACGUGGACGUGGACGUGGACAUGGACGUGGACGAGGACGUGGACGUGGACGUGGACGUGGUCGGGGACGUGGACGUGGUCGUGGACGUGGACGUGGACGUGGACGUGAACCUGGACGUGGACGUGGACGCGGACGCGGACGUGGACGUGGACGUGGACGCGGACGUGGACGUGGACGUGGACGCGGACGUGGACGUGGACGGGGACGCGGACGUGGACGCGGACGUGGACGUGGACGCGGACGCGGACGUGGACGUGGACGUGGACAUGGACGUGGACAUGGUCGUGGACGUGGUCGUGGUCGUGGACGUGGACGUGGACGUGGACGUGGACGUGGACGUGGACGUGGUCUUGGACAUGGACUUGGACGUGGACGUGGACGUGGACAUGGACGUGGACGCGGACGUGGUCGUGGACGUGGACGUGGACGUGGACGCGGACGUGGACGUGGACGUGGACGCGGACGUGGACGUGGACGUGGACGUCGACGUCGACGUGGACGUGGACGUGGACGUGGACGUCGACGUGGUCGCGGACGUGGACGUCGACGUGGUCGCGGACGCGGACGUCGACGUGGACGCGGACGUGGACGUCGACGUGGACGCGGACGUGGACGUCGACGUGGACGUGGACGUGGACGUGGUCGUGGACGUGGACGUGGACGUGGACGUGGACGUGGACGUGGACGUAGACGUGGACGUGGACAUGGACGUGGACGUGGACGUGGACGUGGACGUGGACGUGGACCUGGACGUGGACAUGGUCGUGGAGGUGGACGUGGACGUGGACAUGGACGUUGACGUGGACAUGGACGUGGACGUGGACGUGGACGUGGACGUGGACGUGGACAUGGACGUGGACGUGGACGUGGACGUGGAUCUGGACGUGGACGUGGUCGUGGACGUGGACGUGGACAUGGACGUGGUCGUGGACGUGGACGUGGAUCUGGACGACGUGGACAUGGACGUGGACGUGGACGUGGACGUGGACGUGGACGUGGACGUGGACGUGAACGUGGACGUGGACGUGGACGUGGACAUGGACUGGACGUGGACGUGGACGUGGACAUGGACGUGGACGUGA